ACGUUAAGUCGCGGGAAAACAACUAGUUUCCAAAUAAAAUUCGAAUAAUAUGUAUUUAAUCAAUUGUUGUAAAUUGAAAAAUAAUUUGUUUCCAUUCUCAGCAUUCGUCAUCUUCGUGGCAGCGGAACUGGGCAUCACAGCCGGUGCACACAGACUCUGGUCCCACAAGAGUUACAAGGCGAAACUGCCAUUGGAAAUCAUACUAAUGGUUUUCAACUCAAUGGCGUUCCAAAACUCCGUAAUACAUUGGGCUAGAGAUCACAGACUCCAUCACAAAUAUUGUGACACUGAUGCAGACCCUUACAAUGCGUCUAGAGGAUUUUUUUACUCGCAUGUCGGUUGGUUGCUUACUAAGAAAAAUAAAGAGGUUCUGAGUAGAGGGAAGACCAUAGACGCAUCAGAUUUGUAUAAUAACCCAGUACUGCAGUUCCAAAGAAAAUACGCAAUACCAGUUUUUGCAUCGUUCUGUUUCAUUUUGCCAACGUUAAUACCCAUGUAUCUGUGGGGUGAAACUUUCAACAACUCAUGGCAUGUCAACCUGCUGAGAUACAUUAUAAAUUUAAACGUCACAUUUCUUGUUAAUAGUGCCGCCCACAUAUGGGGUUAUAGGCCAUACGACAAAAGCAUUUACCCAGCGCAAAAUAUCUUCGUAUCUUUAGUGGCACUUGGUGAAGGAUUCCACAAUUACCACCAUGUGUUCCCAUGGGAUUACAAGACGGCAGAGCUCGGUAACAACAAUUUGAACUUCACUACAUGGUUUAUAAAUUUAUUUUCAAAGAUCGGCUGGGCUUAUGACUUAAAAACUGUCUCAAAUGAAAUGGUCAGAGCAAGAGCUACGAGAACCGGCGAUGGAAAAGAUUUAUGGGGCUGGGAUGAUAAAGAUAUAACUGAUAAGGAUAAAGAAUACACUGAUAUUUUAAACAGUAAAACGGAUUGAAAUAAAAUCUUAAGCACCAUUUAUAAUACACUAGCUUUCCGCCAGCGGCUUUGUCCGCGUGGUCUUCGGGGAACUGUUUAUUUGGACAUCUAUUCAUAUCAUGACACGGGUAUAAUUACAAUGGCAAAUUGAAUAGUAAACAAUGGUUACUGUGGUAACGUUUAAUUCCCUAUAUCAUUUCCAUUUUCGUUCUUUUAUUUGCUGUUUUUUGGUAUAAUAUGUUCGUUCGGGAUAAUAUGGCAUAAAACCUAUGUUCACCGCAUAUGCUUCCCGUGGGUGAAUGAAAUUUUAUAAUCAGUCCAGUAGUUUCUGAGUCUAUUCGUUGCAAACAAACAAACAAUCAAAUCUUUCCUCAUUAUAUUGUCGAUGUUUUCUAUUAGGAAUGACUGUAAGUAGCGUGAUAUUAAAUUGUUUCUAUUUUAUAGUCUGAGGAAGAAGAAAAUUCUAAUAGUCCUAUAAUGGAACUACUGGGAUCUUAUUAUAUGAGAUUUUAUUAUAUUUUUAUGCAAUUAAAGUCUCG